AUGCGCGGUCACAUCGCCAUUUCACAGAUCAUCAACAUGGCGGAGAGCGUGCCUUCGGACGGCAAGCAAGCGACGGUGCCAGCUCAAGGCACGGCGCCCCCCUGCAGCGCGCCACCUCCGACGCAGCAGCGCACCGGCGACGCUCCUGCGAACACCGCUCCAGCGGGCGGCGGCGGCGACCAGGCGGGCAACUCAGCGUCCAGCAACACUUCGGCGGGCGUCACCAGGACGGGGGAAACUAAGCGCGUCUCCUUCUCCGGCGACGCGGGCAAAACCUCUGACGCGAAUAUGCGCGAGGCCGAUGGCACUGCCUCGGCUGACGCUGCAGCCCAGGAAACUGGUGACGCGAACUCAGAGUCUAAAGCUCCAGACGCAGGCGACACGGCUGCGGACGUGAACCUGGAGGAUGCCCCUGAGUUCAAGUUACCACGACACGCGACGCUGGAGGACGUCAGGGGGCUCGUCUUCGCGGGUAUGCUUCGGCAGCAGGAGGUGGAUGUCCCCGACUUC